AUGUCGCGUCAUCAAUUGCAGGUAUUCAAGGCGUCGUCGUCAUCAGUUGUAUUUAAGGCGUCGUCGUCAUCAAUUGCAGGUAUUCGCGCGUCGUCGUCAUCAAUUAGAACCCCAGAGGACCCCAGAGGGACCCAAAGGACGCUAGAGGACCCCAGAAACUUUCAGGAGACGCUAGAUAACCCCGAGGACCCCAACGAGACCCCAGAGUACCUCACAGGACCCCACACCCAAAGAACCCCACAGAACCCCAGAGAACCCAAACAGGACCCCAGAGUACCCUCACAGGACCCCACAGGACCCCAAAGAACUCCCAGAGGACCCCCAAAGAACCCUACAGGACCCCAGAGUACCCUCACAGGACCCCAAAGAACCCCAGAGGACCCCAAAGAACCCCCAGAGUACCCCACGAACCCAGAGAACCCCACAGGACCCCAAAGAACCCCCAGAGGACCCCAAAGAACCCCGAGAAGACCCCCACAGAACCCCAUGGUGGGUAUUCUCUAUUCGCCUCUCCUGUUUUACACCCUACCUAAAUGA